UAUGGCUCUGCCGCCCUACUUCGCCCCAGGUCGCGCAGGCCCUCCGCCUCCGCAGCCGCCGCCUCCCGCUCCCUUCGGCUGUCCACCACCGCCGCUGCCCUCCCCGGCUUUCCCGCCGCCUCUUCCCCAACGGCCCGGCCCCUUUCUGGGGGCCUCCGCCCCCUUCCUCCAGCCCCCGCUGGCUCUGCAGCCCCGGGCCCCCGGGGAAGCCUCUCGCGGCGGCGGCGGUAGCGGCGGCGGCGUCUUCUACCCAGUGCCGCCACCGCCGCUGCCUCCGCCGCCGCCCCAAUGCCGGCCCUUCCCGGGGACCGACGGUGGCGAGCGGUCGCGGCCGCCGCCGCCAGGCCCGGGGCCGCCCUGGAGCCCGCACUGGCCUGAGGCGCCGCCGCCUUCCGACGUGCUUGGGGAUGCGGCCUUGCAGCGUCUGCGCGACCGGCAGUGGCUAGAGGCGGUGUUCGGAACCCCGCGGCGGGCCGGCUGCCCGGUGCCUCCGCGCGCUCCCGCCGGGCCCAGCCUGGGCGAAGUGCGCGCACAGUUGCGCGGGGCUCUGCACCUAGUGCGGCGGCUGCGCGACCUGGGACAGGCCCUGCGCGAGGCCGAGGCCGAUGGCGCGGCCUGGGUGCUGCUGCAUGCCCAGGCCGCGCCGCUGCGCGCCCAACUCGCCGAAAGACUACAGCUGCUGACCCAGGCCGCCUAUGUGGGUGAGGCGCGGCGGAGGUUGGAGAGGGUCCGGCGCCGCCGCCUGCGGCUUCGCGAGAGGGCCCGGGAACGCGAAGCCGAGCGGGAGGCUGAGGCCGCGCGAGCAGUGGAGCGCGAACAGGAGAUUGACCUUUGGAGGGUUAAGUGCGUGCAGGAGGUGGAGGAGAAGAAGCGGGAGCAGGAACUUAAAGCUGCUGCUGAUGGUGUCUUAUCUGAAGUGAGGAAAAAACAAGCAGACACCAAAAGAAUGGUGGACAUUCUUCGGGCCUUGGAGAAAUUGAGGAAACUCAGGAAAGAGGCAGCAGCAAGAAAGGGUGUCUGUCCCCCAGCCUCAGCAGAUGAGACUUUCGAGCAUCAUCUUCAGCGACUAAGAAAACUAAUUAAAAAACGCUCUGAAUUGUAUGAAGCUGAAGAGAGAGCCCUCAGAGUCAUGUUGGAAGGAGAACAAGAGGAAGAGAGGAAAAGAGAACUAGAAAAGAAACAGAGGAAAGAAAAAGAGAAGAUUUUACUUCAGAAGCGUGAAAUUGAGUCCAAGUUAUUUGGGGAUCCAGAUGAGUUCCCACUCGCUCACCUCUUGCAGCCCUUCCGACAGUAUUACCUCCAAGCCGAGCACUCCCUGCCAGCCCUCAUCCAGAUAAGGCAUGAUUGGGAUCAGUACCUGGUGCCAUCUGAUCAUCCCAAAGGCAACUCCGUUCCCCAAGGAUGGGUCCUUCCCCCGCUCCCCAGCAACGACAUCUGGGCAACGGCCAUUAAGCUGCAUUAGUAAAGAUGCUCCAGGAUUGUGGUCCAGCUAUGGCUCUUUCCAGCUCUAAAAACAAGUGAUGCCACCAUCUUCUUGUGCUGUAGACUAAACCACAACCUCCAGACUCCAUAUGGCAUUGCCCUACCCAGAAGUUACGUUUUCCUUGCGUGCUCUGUCUUGGCCAGGGAUGCCUCUUGAAUCAGGAGAUUAAUAUGGUUCUUCAGGAAGGGACCUAGGUGAACUGGGGUUAUUACAACAGGCAGUGGCCUUGGUUCACCAAAUUUGCCUCUGUUUUGAAGGGGCUUGGUCCAGAGUGACUUGUUCAUUUACUCUCAACGGCCUUGUGUGUGAUGGGUAAGUAUGCUCAACACAGGCGUGCACUGGGUAGACCUAGCAGCCUUUCCGCCGGUACUGAGUGUGAAGGCAGGCUUGAUGCAAAACCUCCGUAAUCUCCCUACCCAGAGAACUCUCUGACUUCUAGGAGGAAAGGUCAGAAAUGCCUUAUCUUUGGUUUGUGACUCUUGAGAGGCUGCAGGCUGCAGGCGAGGCUGCCAGAAAAGCUUGGUGGAAUCGUCUGGUGGUCCUGUGGAGAACUUGGAAAACCUCUACCCAUAUCGAAUUGUGUUUUAAUGGAUAACGGCUGCAUUUUCCUGUGUUAGAAGGAUCCUAACAAAAACACCUGGUUUUUAAGUUCCCAGAGGUCUAGAGGUUCGGUAUCCCCAAUGAUAGACAUUUAUUUCCCUAUGGGACUGGGACCAUAACCUCACUCAGUCACAUUAUAGGGGGGGUAUAGCUGUGGAGUUUUCUAGAAACUCAAGCUUCCAGAAGCACCCAUGUAGUUAAAGCUGGGAGGAAAACAGAUAAAAAUCAAAUUAAUUUUAUGAUAUUCAUUAAUAAAUACUGUUGUGCCUGGAAAUGAUCUAUCAUAUAACAUGUCAAGGGUUUGUUUUAUUUCAUUUUGC